CUGUCGUCUGGGAGGGUGGAGGCUGGAAUCGGGAAAUAAACAGCGAAACCUGAUCAGAAGGAAAGGAACUGGAGAUUGCCCAGGUUGAUUGUCCAACUAUGGAGCUUUUGGUGGACUUCAAGAGUUUGAUAUCUCCCCUGGAACCUUGGUUGGUGUAGAUCACCUGUAGCUUUCUUUUCCUGAAGACAUCUUAUUCCAUUGAGAAAUAGGACAAGCCAGCUCCUGCAUGCCAGCUCUUUCUCUGGCCUUUUAAACCUGCCUGAAACCAGUGAGACCAGCAUCCUGGCUUGUAAAAUCUCCCCAGUCUAACCAGUCUGAGGGACAGGCCUUCCUAGACUCUUCUAGAGAUUUCAUGGCUUCAUGGCUUCCUCCAGGAGCCCAGAGGAAGAGCCCCUUCGCAGCCCUUUCCGUCUGACUCCCCCACCAGCUUUGGGGGAUGAGUACUAUCCUUUUGGGGGUGAGGGCCAGCCCCCCUAUGUGGGGGAGGCUGCUGCUGCUGGAGCUGCUGGGGAAGGGGAUUCCGAAGAGGUGGACCUGGGGGUGCUGCUUCAGAGGAAAGAACAGGACUUGUUGUUGGCAGCAGAAUUGGGAAAGAUGCUCCUGGAACGUAAUGAGGAAUUGGAACGACGCUAUGAUGAACUGAUGAAGGAACAUUUGGAAGUCAAAGAGCAUCUUGAACAAGAGAAACACGAACUCCGGAGGCACCUUGAAUCCGGCCGGGCAGAAUUUGAAACCCGGACGGCAGAGCUGGAGGCUGAUUUGGUGACCGCCCGAGUCCAGCUGGGGCAGAAGCGUCUAGAACAGCAGGACACCAGUCGAGAGAGCUCCCAGGCAGUCUUGGACCUUUCAGAACAAAAUCAACGUCUGGUGGAACAGCUCAGUCAGGUAACUCACUUGGAGCAGCAGCUCCAGGAAAAUCUGAUUGGGUUACGUGCAGAACAUCGGACUCUGACCCUUUGCAACGCUGAGCAUGCUGCCCGGGUGCAAAGUCUGCAAGCUGAGAAUCGUCUGCUUCAAGAGCGGAAGCAGGAUAUGGAGAAACAGAUCCGUCAGCUUCGCGAGGAGAAUGAAGCUAUCCAGGCACUGGUGGACACGUUACACGAGAACCUCCUCCUUCUACGCAAAGAGAGCAGCGAAAAGCAGCUGAGGUUUAAACAGGUAGAAGCGGAAGCUGAGGAACUUCGGACUGCCAAUAGGCGCCUCCAGCAUCAAGUCAAGGAUCUGAAGGAAGAGAUCCGUCUGCAUGAGUUAGAUACCUCUGUUACCUCCAUCCAAUCUGAGAUCGAAAGCAGUUUAGGCGAUGCCCCAGGAGCCCCUGGACAGACACCGAAGUCAAUCAGCAAGACUGGUUGCACUCCAAAGAAGGCCUCUCCAAGACCGGAAGAGAACCUCUCUGAAUACACCAAAAAGGUUUCGGCCUUGAGCUAUCAGCAGCAAGACAUCCUGGCCCAGAAAGAAAUCGAGAUUGCAAAACUCCAGGAUCAGGUGACUUUGCAGCACGUGGAGCUCAGCGGUUUGAAGGCCGAGAUAGAGAACCAGAGACGGUUGUACCAAGAAAGCAAUCGGGACAAGGCCUUGAAGUUCGCCGUAGCAGACCGGGAUGAGGCUAUAAUCAAGAAAGGCGAAAUAGAAUUGGAAUUGGCAAAAAUCUCCCUGGAGCGAGAUUCGCUGAGCCAACAGUUACUGCGUGUCAUUCGCCAGAAGAUGGCACUUUCCCAGGAAUUGGAAGCCUGGCAGGAUGAUAUCCAGUAUAUUAUUCACCAGCAACUUCUCCAGAAACAGCAGGAAGAACGCCACUGCUUUACCCCACCACCAAAGCCACCGACACAAGGUUUCCAACAGCAGUUGGCCAAUCUCUGCUCCAAGUUCUAAGAUCACCCUCUUCUGGUGAAUUGGAGACAUGACUCAGGAUUAUUCCAGAAUGGCAGGUCGAGGCAUCUACAAGUCCCAGCACCUGGCUUUUGAUGGAACGCGCCUAGAAACAUGGCUUCUGAUUUUCUCCACUUUUUCACAGAAUCAAGAUUGGUGGGAAGGGACAUACUAUUCUCACAUCACUCCCUUGCUAGAAGAAAUAGAUUACAGGUAGUCCUUGACUUUUAACCAUUCAUUUAGUGACCUUUCAAAGUUGCAAUAGCACUGAAACAAGUGGCUUAUGACCAUCGUUCACAUUAUGACCAUUGUAGCCUCCGCUUGGUCAU